AUGAAUAUUUAUCAAAGAGUUAUGAGCAUUUUAUAUUUCGAAGAACAGAACCUGGGCUUGCAACACGAGCAUAGUCAACGCUGCAACAUGGAUUUCUUUCCAAUCGGUUGGGCCUUUAUUCAACCAGACAUCCGUGCACCGAUUAUGGAAGUUAGUCUUAGGAACGACUCUUUUAUUACACCGGGCUAUAUAUUUAUAGCGCCAUAUGAGACAGAAUUACCAGGGCCAUAUAUAUAUGACACUGAUGGUCUGAUCUACGAGCCCAGGAUUUGGUAUGGAGCGGAGCCGAUGGCUCCACAACCGAGCUCUUCCAUGAUCUACAGGGGUCGCAACAUCAUCCUGGAUCAAGACUAUAAACAAGUGGCGACUGUACAGAGUGGAAAUGGUUUAACGCUGAGCGAUAUGCAUGAGUUGAACAUUAUUGAUAACACCUCCAUUCUCAUCGCCAUUUACCAGCCGCGCCGCUAUAACCUAGAGGCGUACGAUGUGCCCGCGGACAACGGCUGGGUCAUGGAUGGCGUGUUUCAAGAGAUCAAUAUUACGUCAGGCGAGGUCCUCUUCGAGUGGAGGUCUCUCGAUCAUGUUGGCAUCUCGGAAACGUAUACCCCGAUUCGACUUAACACUGUCGUGGGUGAUGGCCUUAGUAAUGCGACUGCUUGGGACUACUUUCACAUUAACUCAGUCGAUAAGAACAAUGAUGGUGACUAUCUAGUAUCUGCUAGACAUACCAGCUGCAUCUAUAAGAUAUCUGGUAAAGAUGGAUCCAUUCAAUGGCGACUGGGUGGUACAAAUAGUUCCAUUGAAAUGCAGAACUACAAUUUCUCCUCUCAACAUGAUGCGCGGUUUCUCCAGGAGAAUGAUACCGUUACUGUUAUUUCACUCUUCGAUAAUGCAAGCAACGGGUAUAGAAACACGUCAUCAACAUCCUCGGGUAUUAUCGUGGCAAUUGACCAUGAAACCAAUACAUCAAACCUCAUUAAGAGGUACGAAGCCCCAGAUAACGGGCUCCUGUCGACUAGCCAGGGGAACCUCCAAAUACUGGCGAACGAAAACGCUUUCAUCGGAUGGGGUAGCCAUCCUUCAAUAUCUGAGCAUACUGACGACGGAACCCCCGUGUUCUUCGCAACAUUAAAUGAUUCGCGGGAGAUGAACUACCGUGCUUUCAAAUUUAAUUGGACCGGAGAGCCAAGCGAUAAACCCUCUCUUCGUACAUAUGCGGCUGCCCCGGGAUCUGGGACCACGUUCUGGGUCAGUUGGAAUGGUGCUACCGAAGUUGCCCAUUGGAAUCUCUACGGCACGAUGUCGACGCCUGAGGAGUUUACGUUGUUGUCUAAGGUGGAUAGGCAAGGGUUUCAAACUACCUAUACGAGCGCCGAUUACCACCCUCGGGCAUAUGCAGAAGCGGUUUCGAGCGAUGGGUCAAGUCUUGGUAAUUCGUCAGCCGUGGAUACGAUGUCGUCUUUGCCCAGCAUAGCCUUGGAAGAGUAAAGAAAAUAUCGGAAAUAUACUAGUCCCUGAGUUAUCAAACUAGAAAGCCCCAGGUCCUCUUAGUUAUGUACCAAAUGGCAUUGGCGCUUCGGAAGAGAAGAUUACUGGAACAGUGAUAGCAUGUUCCUAGAUGGAACUAUAUAUUUGAACGUGGUAUAGCGCGGAUUGAGAAUAGGAUUGCAGUGAAGCCAUCGGUUGCUUGAUGUUGACGCAUUUAUAAUCUCAUGCUCUCUCUGUGGCGCAUUAUAAUAUCGAAGUAAUUAUGCUGAUCGCAAAUAACGUUGAA